AUGCGUGUUUUCUUAUUAUCAAAAUUAAUAAUUUCGAUAGCUCUAAUAAUUUUUAAUCAGAUAUCAUCUAAUUGUGAAAUAUUUGAUGAUGUUAAAACAAUUUUUAUUGAAGAUAAAUUGUAUUGUCUAGGUUCAUUGCAAUUUUUUUAUGUAGACUUAGCAGGAAUAUCAUUAGAUACUGACGAACUUGUUAAAGAAUCCAAAUGGAUAGACCUUACGAAUAUUAAACCUAAACCAGAUAACCUUGCAUUCGAUAGUCCAAUUCCGGGUGGUAAUAAAAUAAUGUUUUUGGAAGAAUUCGCUAGUAAUUUCUAUGUUAAUACAUUUGAUACUACAUUAAAAAAAUGGAAUAUAAACGAAAAUGUCAAAAUUUUACAACCCAUGAAAUCUAUUACUGUAUUUACAGAAAUAUGGACUUUUGAUGAGAAAACUGGCAAAUCCUAUUCUCUUGAUGAUAAUGUGGUAAUUUUCGAUACAAUUAACAUGGUGAUCAAUUAUAUUGCUUCAAAUCCUUUCCAGGGUUCUCUUAGUUUCUAUAAUAAAUAUGCGCAAGUUUUAGUCCCAAAUGGUCAAAUUUUAUUUAUUGGUGGACAAAUCGAUAAUGAAAUUGUGUCAAUGAAGCCAAUGAAUAAUUUAUUAAUUUAUGACACUAUAAAUGAUACGUGGAAAAUUGUGAACACGACUGGUAAAACACCUGAAGUACGUACCGAUCAUACAGCUGUUUCAACUUCAGAUGGACGUGUUAUUGUAUUCGGUGGAGUAUCAAAACCAUCAGUACCAGCUUUACCACAUUUGUCGGUCUUGGAUACCUCAAAAAUACCAUAUGAAUGGUCAACACCAACAGUAGAAAAUCCUAUUGGAGCUUUUAGUGGACACACAUCAGUAAUGGUUAAAAAUUAUAUGAUUUCUGCAUUUGGUAGAAAUGAAUCAAAUAAAGAUCCGACUUACAGUGAAGAUUUAUAUAAAUUAAAUGUGACAGAUCCAUUGAAAUAUAAAUGGUCAUUAUUAGCUAAGUUUAAUUACAAUAAUAGCACAAUUGGAAUUACACCAACGAUGUUUGGUGGUAAUAACAGUUUUGCUUCUAUUCAAACGAAAGUAUCAGCUGCUACUAGUUCAUCUUUUUAUGAAGAUGUGUCAAGAACACGUCAAAAAAAUCAGGAAAUCAAGCAGUCAUGA